AUGCUAGCUGUUUUUCCUAAUGGUGAGCACAGAUUUUGUUUGAGGCACAUCCAUGAGAACAUGAAAUCCAAGUGGCGUGGAGAUCUUUACAAGAAUUUGCUUUGGUCAGCCGGAAGGAAGACAUCUAUUCCAUAUUUUAACAAAGCUAUGGAAGAAAUUAAGACAACAGAACGAGCUAUGUAUGACUGGCUGAAUGAGAUCCCAUACACCGCUUGGUCAAGAGCAUAUUUUUCUAGAACAGCUAAAUGUGAUAUGUUGCUGAACAACAUAUAUGAGGUUUUUAACAGACAAAUCAUAGGAGCAAGGGACAAGCCGAUUAUCACAUGCCUAGAAUUCAUUAGGGAGUACAUGACCAAGAGGAUAAUGAAUGUCAAGAAAUUGCAAGCAAAGUGUAUGGGGCCACUGACACCUCAUGCCACUGAGGUCUUCGAUGAGAUCAAGAAACAGGCUUCUGAAAUGUUUGUUUUAAUGGUUGAUACAGACAAGUAUCAAGUAACAGGCCCGAGAUCACAAUGUGUUGUGAAUGUUAAACAUAAAACUUGUGCAUGCAGGAAGUGGGAUUUGACAGGGAUGCCUUGCAAACAUGAUGUUGCAGCCAUAUGGGAUAUGUCAAGGAAUAGCAUUGAUGCUGGCAUACCAGAAGAGUGGGUUUAUGAUGUGUAUUGGCUGUCAACAUGGAAGAAAGUUUAUGAGAAUGUGAUAGAGCCAAUCAAUGGGCCGGAGAUGUGGACUCCUUCACAGUGUCCAACAACACUCAUCCCACCAAAGCAUCAUACACAAGUUGGAAGGCCAAAGAAGAAACGAAAGAAGGCAUUUGGUGAAAAAGAGCUUGAGCAGGAGUUCGACAAAGGAGGUAAAAUGACCAGAAAGGGAACCAACAUCAAGUGUGGUAAAUGUGGGAACAUGGGUCACAAUGUCAGGAGCUGCAAAGGAUAA